AUGUCUUCAAGAAAUUGCUGUCAGAUUCGGCGUAGCAACCGGGGCGAUUACAACCGCCUCGGGUAUGACUUGAAUCAUCUUGAUGGACUCGGUGGUAGGAUCGGUUCAGCGAUUGGUGCUAUUAGUGGCUCGUUCGGCGUUGCGACGCCGCUCGCGCCCCCUGAUCCCCGGGCGGUGUUCAAGGAGUCUCUGGCCGAUUAUUUCGAGGAGCAAUGCCGCGCCCGAGGUCACCAUGCGCAAUGUUUUCGGCGAGGGGGACCAAGCCAAACCCCCAAGGCUGCUCUGACCGAUGCCGAUUCUUCCACCAAUGUUGUCAAGUUCUUUGACCAAGGCAAAUUCCUUCCUAGUCGAGUCUAUCGAUAA